GUGGAGAGCUCUACACGGGCACCAUGAAUAACUUCCAGGGCAACGAACCGGUCAUCUCUCGGACCCUGGGCAGCCGGACUGUUCUGAAGACGGACGGCUUCCUCUCCUGGCUGCAUGACGAUGCUGUGUUCGUGGCCUCGUUCAACGUCCCGGGGCCUCCGGACGAGGAAAAGAUCUACUUCUUCUUUGAAGAGACAGCGAAGGAAUUUGACUUCUUUGAGAAACUGACCGUGUCCCGUGUCGCCCGGGUGUGCAAGAACGACGUUGGGGGGGACAAGGUCCUCCAGAAGAAGUGGACCACCUUCCUGAAGGCCCAGCUCUCUUGCAGCCAGGCGGGGCUCUUCCCCCACACCGUCCUCCAGCACGUCUUCGCUCUCCCGCAGCCGGGGGGCGGCUCCCUCUUUUACGGGGUCUUCGCUUCUCAGUGGCAGACCGGGAGCUCCGGCAGCUCAGCCGUCUGCGCCUUCAGCCUGGACGCCAUCGAGAAGGCCUUUGCCGGCAAGUACAAGGAGCUGAACAAGGACUGCUCCCGAUGGAUGACCUACAGUGGCCCCGCCAUGGACCCCCGGCCUGGCAGCUGUUCGGUGGGCCCCUCGUCCGACAAAGCCCUGACCUUCAUGAAGGACCAUUUCUUGAUGGAUGAGAAGGUGGCCCCCGUCCACAACCAGCCCCUCCUGGUGAAGGAGGACGUGAAGUACACCCGCAUCGCGGUGCACCAAGCGCAGGCGGCCUGCGGGACCGCCUGCACCGUCCUGUUCCUGGGCACAGGUAGGGCGGGCUCCCUCCACCCGGAACGGCGGAGUUGGAGGGGACCAGGGGUGUCCGGCUGGAUUUCUUGGAGGGCCGGAUCCGCACUGCAGUUCCCCAUGGGUCGAGGGGAGGGGGAGGAGGCGGGACAGGCGCCCCCUCGCCCUCCCUCUCUCUUGGCCGGCAGGGCGCUGCAGGAGGACAUCCAGGCCGAAAAUGGGGCCGGUCCUUUGCUCUUUCCAGGCCAGACCUACUAA